CCUCGGUUCAGGUUCCGGGGCGCCGCGGAGCUCCCGGCCUGUGGAUCGCGCGGGGCGCCCUUCGGUUCCGGGGCCAGGCGCCCCGCGGCGGCCGGGAUGGAGGAGGCCGGAGCGGCGGUGGCCACGGCGGGGGAGGCCGAACUGAACUUGUCCCGCCUCAGCGUGUCCCCGGAGACUCUGGAGUUGGAGCUGGAGGCGCGGGGCGAAGAGCGGCGCGGCGCCCGUGAGGCGCUGCUCCGGCUGCUACUGCCUCAUAACCGUCUGGUGUCGCUGCCGCGGGCGUUAUGCAGCGGCUUCCCGCACCUCCAGCUGUUGGACGUGAGCGGCAACGCGUUGACCGCGCUCGGGCCAGAGCUGCUCGCGCUGAGCGGCCUCCGCACGCUGCUGGCCAAGAACAACCGGCUCGGCGGGCCCGGCGCGCUGCCCAAGGGCCUGGCCCAGUCGCCGCUCUGCCGCAGCCUCCAGGUGCUCAACCUCAGCGGGAACUGCUUCCAGGAGGUGCCCGCGUCGUUGCUGGAGCUGCGCGCGCUGCAGACCCUCAGCCUGGGUGGCAACCAGCUGCAGAGCAUCCCGGCCGAGAUCGAGAACUUGCAGAGUUUAGAGUGUUUAUAUCUCGGAGGAAACUUCAUCAAAGAAAUCCCACCAGAAUUAGCAAAUCUGCCUUCUCUAAGUUACUUGGUAUUAUGUGACAACAAAAUCCAAAGUGUGCCUCCUCAGCUUUCACAGUUGCAUUCGCUUCGUUCCCUCAGUCUUCACAAUAACUUGCUGACAUACCUGCCUCGAGAGAUCCUCAGCCUUGUUCAUUUGGAAGAAUUGAGUUUGCGAGGAAAUCCAUUAGUUGUUCGUUUUGUUAGAGAUUUAACCUAUGACCCUCCAACUCUCCUGGAAUUAGCUGCACGGACCAUUAAAAUUCGAAAUAUUUCCUACACUCCCUACGAUCUUCCUGAGAAUCUUCUUAGAUACUUGAGUUUAGCCAGCAAUUGCCCAAACCCAAAGUGUGGAGGAGUCUACUUUGACUGCUGUGUCAGACAAAUUAAAUUUGUGGACUUCUGUGGGAAGUACCGCCUCCCACUGAUGCACUACUUAUGCUCCCCAGAGUGUUCUUCCCCUUGCAGUUCCGCCUCUCACAGCUCCACAUCCCAGAGCGAAUCUGACUCGGAGGACGAAGCUAGUGUUGCUGCACACAGAAUGCAGAAAGUUCUUCUUGGUUGAAAAUAAUGCAGGGUUGUGUGAAACAUUAAAAGAACUGAGCAAAGGUGAUUAGAAAAGAAAACAGACUUUGAAGUUCACUAGAAACCGUCACUAGAAACCGUAUCUUCAUCUUGAAUGUCCAUGAAAGAGUUGGAGAUGAUGGAAAAGAUUUUGCAUUUCAUCUUCCCAUUCAGCAGGAAUGAGUCCAGUUCCAUGUUUGGAUUCUUUGAAUAUAAUUCACUCUGAAUGAUGGUUUCAAAUUUAACUGAUUGUUUGCAAUUUUCACUCAAGUUUUGCAUGAAUCACACAGCACAAUGGAACAUUCUGAAGAGCAGUGCUAUAAUAAACCAUGAGUGGUAUAACUUGUGACAGUUGAGAUGAAGAAAGAAAUGAUCAGAGCUGUAAUUAUUACCAGAAUUGUCCUUGGGUUUAGAUUGAACAUUAUACCUUAACAGGAUUAGCCCUCCCUUCCUGUAUUGCCCAUGUGUCUAGAUUACAGAGCUAUUCAGAUAAGCUCACAGAUGGUUACAUAGGACCUAACCCUUUCAAGUGACCUACUAACUGGUAAAGUAAGGGAUAUAACUUCUAUGUGGGAUUUUAAAACUCUUCAGUUCUGCUCUUUUGUUCUAUAUGAUUGCUGUUUCCUUUCUGUAAUCCAGCAAUGACUAUUAUAGUGCCUUAAUCCUAGCAAGAUUUUAGAAAUUUAUCCAUGGAACGAUGCCAGAGCAGCCUAUAUAACCUGACAUACUAUGCAGAACACUUUAAAAUAUGCUUUAACAGAACUAGGUAAACAGCUGUAUAUCUGACAUAAGAGCUCAUACCACCUUAACUUGAAUUUUUUGUUUAAACAUGAAGUGAUCCCCUUGUAAGGAAAUCACUUUUACACUUAAUGGGAAGCAACAGUCUUGAUUAAUCUUUUCAUCAUAAGACAGAAUAAUAGCUUUUGAUUUAAAAAUCUGUCAGACUUCUUUUGACAGAAAAGAGAUGUAAGCUUAGAAAGCUUCUUUGUAUCUUGCAUUAAAGGAGUGGGAAAAUGAUUUUAAAAUUUUUAAGUCAUGUCUGACUCCUUUGCCUGUGUGUACUGAACUGUAACUUUCUCUACAUUUAAAAAAAAAACUAGAAAACCAUUACAACAAGCCAAAUAAAGUUAUGGGCAGCCAUCAUUUGUGUAAAGACUUUAAAGCCGUCUUUAAAUUGUGUGAAAUAGAAUAAUUUCCAAAACUAGUUUAACUAUGGAAUACUUUUUGAAAGUAAUGUAUUGAUAACAUAAGAAACUUGUUAAAUAUAUCCCCAGAGUAUAGCAGAAAAAUGUUUCACAAAUUAAUUGCUAUCAGAAAUGACCAAAUUUUUAUUAACUAGUUAAUUUGCAAUAAAAAUUGAAUAGUACAAUUAUAAGUUGAUAUUAUAAAAUACACAACACAUACUAGCAGUCAUUAGAUAACCAAUAAUAAAAUAAUGUUUUAUUGAUAAACAUUACCUAUACAAUAAUAUGUAGGUCAGAAACACAUUAGAAUACCAGAGGAUCUCCCUUCUGGCUUCCUGACAUUCACAACUGGGGCACACCAUUUCUUAAAAGCAGAUUGUUGUAUAAUAAUAAUAAUGUACAUAUGUUAGGUUUUUGUCUUGUGUAUUAUUUUUUAUUUUAGAAGAAAAUAUAUUGUAGGAUAGUUCAGAUUUAUUAUGUGUUAUUCAUGAAACAUCGUGGAGUUUCAUGACUGCAGUUGUGAAACGCUGCUAUAGAGUGAAUCCCUUCACCUUGUUAUAAUGUAACAAUAUGUUUUCCUUUUGACUCAGAAAUUUUCUAGGUCUAUAGAAAAUCUAGUAUGUUUCUGCUGCCUAACAAAGUAGUACAUGGGUGAUUAGAUCAUAAAAUGGAAGUAAUGUAGAGUCUUUGUUUACUUCUCCAUUUGAGCCACAGCAAGCUGUGUACGAAAUUAUGAAAGAUAAAGAUAACUUAGGCAGUGCCCAAAGUGUUUUGUACCUGACUUAGUUAGUAUCAAUACAUAACAUAUUUUCAUAGAAAAUAAUGUAUUCAUAGGAAAAUACCCAAAUUGAUAGGACCGAAUUCUUCUGGCUUAAAUGCCUCAGUUUACUUCCUAAUCCAUUACCAGCUUGGGUAAUCUUCCAAGAGUUAGUCUUUUUAAAAUAAAUUGGUAGGUAUGUAAGUACAAUUAAGUACUUCCUGGCUUCCCAGAAAGAAAGUGUACUGAUUGAUCUUUCACAGAUGUAAAUAGGUCCAACCAGAAACAGUUUCUGGCCUUUGCUAUAUAUGCAGAUGUAUACCAUAAUAUACAAUAACUGUUUGUUGUUCAUGUACAUUUCAAAAUCUAAGAUCAGUGUGCAACUGGCUUUAGUGACUUUAACUGAAAUCUGCAUUUCAGUUGUCAGUUCUUUUUUUUAAUCUUUGACCUAAACUUUUAUAAGAGCUGCUAAUAAUUUCUAAGAUUUUCCCUGUUUCUCUUCUCUACCUUCCCUUUUUUUUUAUAACUGGUGAUUGUAGAAAUUAGCCAGAAGAUGAGAUAGAAGGGACUUGAUAAUUUAGAAACCAGGUAAUCAACUCCUAAAUCAUAUCGCUAUGUAUUUGAAAUGAUAGUCUAUCUCUUUAGUUGCUAAGUCAUAUGUUUGUGUUUAAACUAGUUAAUAAACUUUAUUUUUGAGACUUAAGAAUCUA